AUGACUUCAGCUGAGCCCUGGGCAGCAGCUACAGCUGCUGCGGGAGCUCCCCAACAGAACAUUCUUUCAACAGCACAAAGUCCAGACAGUUUGUUUCAGCCUCUUCAGACGCAGAGCGUUCCUGCUGAAUCUUUGAAUUCAAUUGGGCCAUACAGGAAUAACUGGCUUGGGUUACGUGCUGCAACUGAGGUCCCUGAACAGAAGAAGGAAGACUGGGCUCCUAACACACCUCCGCAACUUGUAGUUUCAAUCAUCAGUCAAUUGCUGAAGCUGCUGCCAGACAACUCAAAGUCCAACCCCAACACGCAUGCAAACGAAGAGGCAGCAAGCGGCAGCUUUAAGAGCGACAGCAGCAUUGGGGCUACCUCCGUCUCCCCUCAAUCUUUUGCUGCUUCCUCUGGUGGUGCUGCAUGCAGCACAACUGUAAGCAUGAGCAACCCGCUAGACUCGUCUCCAUUCAAGCCCCAAAUGCAGUCGCAUGCGGCUGCACUAUUUUUGUCUCAGCCGCAUUUCAAUCCGUUUUCCUCUGCUGCUGCAGGAGCAGCAGCAACACCAGCAGGAGCAGCAGCUUCUGCUGCAACAGUUAAGAUUGCAUAUGCUGAGUGCCCUUGUGUCUUCGUUGUUCAAUCAGCAGAUUACCAGCCGUACGUUCAAAUAAGAAGAAGCUCUCAGCCUGCUAUUCAUAUAUACACACGCUCUCCUCUAACCAUUGAGGACCAGUUUGAUGCUACAGCACAGCAGCAGCAGCAGCAGCAGCAGCAGCAGCAGGUUAGAGUGCUGCCUCCAGGGGAGCAUGCAGCAGCAGCAGCAGCAGCAGCAGCAAUGGAGUACGAGGGUUUAGAAAGCCCUUAUUCAAACCCGUCUCAACCUACAAUAUUUAUUCAUCAUGACAAUUCUUUUAAAGAAAAACAUCAAUGGAAGCCGCGCAUCUGUAUAGACACCACAACUUUCUGGUGGCCGAGCGUUCAAUGUACUUUCCUCUCCCCCAAUCAAAACAAUUUAUUUAGAAAUAAUCCUUUUGCAAACUAUUUAAAUGACGACUCUUCAUUUAAUGCUUGGGGGAGAUGCUUCAAAGAAGAGCACUCAGCAGGCGUCAGCGUCUCGGGGCCCCUCAAACCCUUAACUAUAGACCUCCCAUACUAA